CUAUCUCUGAUCUCUCUCUCUCUCUCGAUCUCGAUCUCGAGUAGUAGUAGUAGUGUUGAGUGUUUGACUCCGGACAUACCGACAAAGAACUCAUCUGCAAAUCAGAAAUGGCAAGCUUUUUCCAGGAAAUUGAAGUACCAAAUCAGAAACAUUUCACCGAUUCCCCGCCGUUCCCCGCCGUACUCGGGCCAAAUUCGCCGCUCUCACCGCCAUCUCUCGCCGAAUUCACCUCUGCCAUAGAAUCCCAGAAGCCGCAUCUGGAAUCGCUGCUCCACAAAACAGGGGCAAUCCUAUUCAGGGGAUUCCCCGUCUCCAGCGCUGCCGAAUUCGAUCGAGUUGUGGACUCCUUCGGGUACACCGAUCAGCCUUACCUCGGCGGAACGGCCUCCCGGACUAACGUCGUGGGUCGCGUCUACACCGCCAAUGAUUCCCCGCCCGAUCGCAAGAUCCCCUUCCACCACGAGAUGACUUAUGCGGCGGAGUAUCCAAAGAAGUUGUUCUUCUUCUGCGAGGUGGCGCCGGGCAGCGGCGGCGAGACCCCGUUGGUGUUGAGCCAUGUGGUGUACGAGAGGAUGAGAGACAAGUACCCGGAUUUCGUAGAGCGGCUGGAAAAGGAAGGGAUGGUUUCCAGGAGAGUGAUGGGGGAAGAAGACGACCCUUCAUCUGCAAUCGGUCGCGGCUGGAAGUCAAUGUUUUCCACCGACGACAAACUUGUUGCGGAGCAGAGAGCUGCAGAGCUAGGAGUAAAGCUAGAGUGGAUAGGAGAUGGGUCAAUGAGAAGAGUAAUCGGUCCCAACCAACCAAUCAAACACGACAAGUCGAGGGAUCGAAAGAUUUGGUUCAACGGGAUGGUGACGAGUUAUACAGCUUUUGGGGACGAGGUCACGUUUGGGAGCGGGGACGCUUUGCCAGGCGAUGCCGUCUACCAUUGUUUGCAGAUCAUGGAGGAGGAAAGCGUUGCUAUUCCUUGGCAGAAGGGGGACGUUCUGUUUAUAGACAAUUUAGCUGUUCUUCACGGACGCAAGCAUUUCACCCCGCCUCGCCGUGUUCUCGCUGCACUUUGCAAGUAGUAAUAAGUGUAUGUUUGUUGUAAUUUGAUUACUUUCUGUCUUUGACUCUAAGUCCGCUCGCGGUGCUUCGCGUCGACUGGACGAUAUGAAUAAAUGUAAAAUUGUACAUUUGAUUCCUUCAAUGAAAACCCAGAUCUCCAUCAAACAAGUGAUUGUAGCUGACACUCUUGUUCGAAGUUGCAUUAUAUUAUAUUAUAUUUUAAGGGGGAAUUGCAAGUUUGGUCACUCAUAUUAUAGUUUGCUUCAUGUUUGUCAUUAAAAUAAUUUUCCCUUUCAAAAUUACACAUUUAUGUCAUUCGUGAUCACUCUCCGUCUAAUCCUGUCGUCUUCAGCCUAGGAGCAGUCAAAUCUAAUAUUUGAUGGUUAAAAAACUUAUAUGUCAAUUAAAAAUAAUAAAAAUAUUUGUCAAAUCUUUUUUCUUGUCUAAUCUAACCUUUGAGAAUGAGAAUGCCUAAAAAAGAAAAAAUUCUAACCCUUUGAGAAAUUAUUUUCCACACCAGCCUCAGCUUCUUCCGGCUAGUUAGCUCCGCCAAGGAGUCGACGGCGAAUUCUGCCAUAGAAGGAUUCCCGUUGUUACCAUUGUGGCUAGGGGAAGACAUGCCAGUGGAUGUCGGUAAAGGAGGUGGCGGAGAUGGGACCAGUUGAUUCUGAUGGAGCAAAUUACUAGCCAGUGCCACCGCCGCGUCAUCGCCCUAGCUGUGAAGGAGUUGGUUGGAUUUCAGAUGUCGAAGUCGAGGGCUAGAUCGUGAGUAACCUGAUUGGCAUGAGCGAGGGAAGCUCCUUUUCCCAUCAAGCGAACAAAUUGAAGUUCGUCUUCCCUCAUAGCUCGUGCCUCCGGCGAGGGAAGCUCCUCUUCUCAUCGAGCGAACCCGAUAAAUUCAGUUGCCGAAACAACCGAGGGAGGCCGCGGUAAGGCUAAGGCCACGAUUGCCACCAGCCACCGUUUCCGAUUUGGAAAACUCAAAUCAGUGGCGUAGCCAGACUUUGGAUGAACUGGGGUUCUUAUAAAAUAUUAUUAAUGAAAAAAAAAAAAAGAACACAUAAUUUUGACAUUUUACUAAUACGAUACACUUGUUUGUUUCUACAAUGAACCACGACGUGAUUUCAUAUUCUGAAAACACUGUAUAACACAUUCAGGAUCUACACUACUAAGUACAUCCUUUUCUAUAUAGCCUACCAAGCAAUCAUUAAGCCAAUCAUCACUUAUUCGGUUCCGAAAGUUGUUUUUGAUGUAGGUCAUAGCUGAGAAUGACCUCUCCACGCUUGCAGUAGCAACAGGCAAAAUAAGUGUUAGUUUAAUAAGCAAAUAAACUAAUGGGUAAUGGUUAUGCUUAUAUGUUUCCACCAUCUUUAUGGCCAACUCGUCCACUCCUUUCAAGUCUUUGAACCUCUCAUCUCGCUGCACCUCCCCGAUAAAUGAAUCCACUUGAAGUCUAAGGAAAUUAGUUAAUCUAAUCAAGAAAAAGGGACUCGUAGCUUACUAAUGGCUGCCAAUGUAAGAACUACUCUAAUAAGUAAUAACUAGUCCUCAAACGAAUCAACUCAUCUCAACAAAUAAAUAAUCUAAUCCCUACUUGUCCCACUAAUGUAUUUAUUAUUUAAAAGGGGAAAAGAGCUCCUGCAACAGAAGCAAAAGCAGGGUACCAAUUAAUCCCUUCCCUCUCAAACUAUCCAUGGAUCAAAGUGUCCCUCUGCUCUCCACCAAUUUAAUCCUAAACGAGGGCAAGCAACAAAGCGAAUAGAUAGAAUUGCAGAUUAUACCUUAGUAAGAGAGAUCCGUGUCAAUUUUGGGAAAUUUUCAAUUUAGGGCUUUUGUAUCCCAACAAAGCAUGAGCAUAGAUCCCGUAUUUGAGUAGCCAGUGAAUCUCAAAGCUUUGGCGGUUGGGCGGCUGGUGUGAUCUGGUGGCGAAGAAGAGUCGGAGAAGACAAAAAUGGAACGGCGGGCAGGCGGCAAAGGUUCCUUGUUGGCGGUCGAACAAGAGAGGAUUGAAAU